AUGGCGACUUCCAGUGCGGCGAGUGUGACGGGAUUAUUAGACAGCUGUUUAUCCAAACUGGGAUUUGAAGUGUAUCCUCUUAAGGUUGGCUGGUAUAACGCUCUGCUUCCCCCCUGCCUACACCUGCCUUAUGGAGAUGACACCUUGGCUGAGGUGGUGCUCAGCACUCCUACUAUGUUUGAAGAAGCCUUUCUGCCCUUCUUGGAGCAGAAGAACUAUGAAAAGCUGUCUGACCCCAUAGAUCAGUGUGUUCGGCUCCAUAUCACAAGUGUUACCACACAGUGUUUUCCAGAACAGAAGGUGGAUGUGAGGUACGACUAUGAGCUGCUGCCCAACAGGAAGCCGAAGUUCUUAGCGCAGACUGCGGCGCACGUAUCCGGAGCUGCGUUCUACUACCAGCAGUCCGACGUGACAAACCAGCCCUGGGCAGACAAAAAAAUGUUUGGAGUGUGCGUGCAUCCGAAGUUUGGAGGCUGGUUUGCCAUCAGAGCUCUGCUGGUGUUUGUGGACAUAAUGGUGGGCUCUGAGCUGGUGCAGCCAUCUCCUCCGAACUGUGUUCCUUCUAGAGAGGGCAGAAUUCAGCUGCUCGAGGCCUUUAACUUUCAUUGGCAGGACUGGAGCUUCAGAGACGUUGUGCCUCCUUUGCGGACUUACUCUGAGAAACAGAAGGAGUAUUUCUCCGCUCGCCCAGAUCAGCGUUUCGCUCUGCUCAUGUCGUGGGGCUUCCUGCCAAGUGAAGAUGAGCCACCUGAACUCAGCUCUGCCACACACAGCCAGAUGAACAAACUCAGCUGAUGGAGAAGAGGAGCUCAAAUGGACAAGUGCUGCUUUUUAUCUCAAACUUCUGUUUGAAUAACAUCUGAUAUUUAUUUUUUUAAAUCCUGAUUGUUCGGCUGCAGACUGAUAGCAAAACUAACUGACUUGUAAAGUUCUGGU